AUGGGCGACAUCCAUCCCGUGCAGCCGCCGCAGGUCGAGUUCGAGAAUGCGCUGGACCGGCUGGUCUACGUGCAGACGAUCUCCAUCCGCAACUACUGCGGCAAGGCGCGGCGCGUGCGCAUCGAGGGCCCGGCGGCGCGGGGCCCGUUCACGCUCGUCUUCACGCCCGGGCCGAGCCUGGCGCCGGGCCUCGAGCUGACGGCGGACGUGCAGUUCGUGCUGCCCGAGGACGGCUCCGGCGGCGACCGGGGCGUCUUCCUCGACCGGCUGCUCGUGCACUUCGGCGACGGCGAGGAGACCGUCGAGGUGCCCCUGCGGGCCGUGGCGCCCCAGGCGCGCAUUUUGGCCGUGCCGUCGAGCGAGCGGCCGCGGGCCGGCGCGUCGAGCCACGAGUGCGUCGUCGCGGCCAUGGACGCGCCGGGCCGCUACGCGGUGCGCCUCGGCGACGUCGUUUUAGGCACGACGACGACGUCGGAGCUCGAGCUGCGCAACCUGGGCCCCGUCGCCGGCGACUUCAAGCUGGAGGUCGGCGACGCGGCCAAGCCCGCGACGGGCGACGACGACGCGCACCACCACCGGGGGGGGAACGACCUCCGGUGCGAGCCGUCGGCGGGCCACCUCGGCCCGGACGCGCGGCAGGCGCGGCAGCUCCAGGCGCUCGGCGCCAAACGCAAAACGGAGGAGGAGCCCGAGGACGCGAGCCGCGACGACGAGUCCGGGAGCCCCCGCGUGGACACGUCCGCGGUCAUCUCCCUGGAGCUGACGGCCGCGAAGCUCGGCGCGGCGCGGUUCCGCGUCGUCGUCGACACGAAGCAGGGCACGCCCUGCGUCCUCGACGUGUCCUGCGUCGUCGUGACGCAGCGCCUCGAGCUCUACGCCGUCUCCGGCCUGCGGCGCCACGAGGCGCUCGCGAACGUCGACUUCGGGGCCAUGUUCUACGGCCAGUCGUGCGAGCGGCGCGCGGUGCUCGUCAACAACUCGCCCCAGGCCGUGCCCUUCGUGAUCUCGCUCCACGCGGACCGGGAGCUCGCCGUGGAGGCCGCGCGCGAGGCCGAGGCGCGGCGCCUCGCGGACGCGCCCGCGUCCGAGGCCGGGUCCGGGUCGCCGCGCGGCGCGUCCGCGGACGGCGCCAAGUUCCUCGACGAGUGGGAGACCGACGACGGGUCCCUGACCGUGACGCCUCUGGAGGGCCUGCUGGAGCCCCACGCGCGCCAGCCCGUGACGCUGCGCUUCGCGCCCCCGAAGCCGCCGCUGACGACGGCGUUCAAGCACCGGCUCCACGCGCCCAUGCAGCCGACGGACGAGGACGCCGACGGGAGCCCCGAGGCCGGGGGCCGCGUGCGCCGCAACGUGCCGUCGCGGCCCUACGGCCUCAAGGUCAAGGUCGGCGUGCCCGUCGCGGGCGGCGGCGUCUCGGGCGAGCCCGACGGCAAGGCCAAGCCCGACGACACCGAGCCGAAGCGGCCCGAGAUCCCGGCCCUCGAGGUCGCCGUGACGGCCCACGCGGCGCCGACGGACGCCGUCCACGUGUCGCCGAAGACGCUGCGCUUCGGCACCUGCGAGCCGCGGUCCAAACAAAAAGGUUUGGUGACCAUCGAGAACGCGUCCGACGUCGCGGCCAAGUUCGAGUUCGCCAAGGUCGCCCAGUUUAGCGUGACGCCGUCGCGGGGCAAGAUCGCCGGGCGCGCGAAGACGACGGUCAUGGUCACCUUCUACCCGGCGCAGAUCGGCAACUUCGACGUCCGCUGCGAGCUCAAGAUCGAGGGCGGGCUGUCGACGCAGACGCUCCGCAUGCUCGGCAAGGCCGUCAAGUCGACGACCUACCCCAAGGGCACCCCGGGGUCCACCGUGGGCAAGGGCUCCGUCGACGUGUCGCGCCUCGGCGCGGGCCUCGGCGCGCUGUCGUUCGAGCCGUCCGUGUGGACGGACGCGGAGCUGCUCGCCGGCGUCGCGGACAAGAAGGUGGGCCAGUUCGACUACUGGGAGGAGCGCGACAACCAGAUGCGCGCCGACAAGGCGCGAAGUGACCUCAACAAGACCCAGUACGUCAAGUACCUGCGGGAGCGGCGCGCGGUGCGCGAGACCGCGGCGGACAAGGCCGAGGAGGCGCGCCGCGUCGCGUACGCGCGGCGCAACCCGUCGGACCCGACGGGCGCCGAGCUCGCCAUGGAGCCGCUGGAGGAGCCGCCCCUGCCGCCGCUGCCCGACGCCUACGCGGAGCCCCUCUGGAUGAACAAGGGCGGCCGCGGCGCCGCGACGUCCGCCGCGGGCGGCAAGCCCCAGUUCGACGCGGACCGCCUCAUCGCCGAGAAGUUCAAGCCGCGGCCGACGACGCAGGCGGAGAUGCGCCACUGCUCGACGCGCCUCAACGCCGCGGACCUGUCGAAGAUCACCGCGUCGCACGCGACCUUGGAUUUCGGCCGCGUCUGCGUGGGCUCCAAGGCCGUCAAGAACUUCGCCGUGUCCAACGGGUUGAGCCACGCCGUGCUCGUCGCCAUCUCCACGGCGAGCCUGCCGCCGGAGCUCGCCGCGGGCACGACGCCCGCGAGCCAGGUCGUGCCCGGCGAGGCGACGGCCGGCUUCGACAUCGCGCUCCACUGCGCCAAGGAGACGCUGGGCUACCGCUGCGUCGUCCAGUACACGAUCAACGACCGCCAUACCCUCAAGCUCGCCAUCACGGCGGACGUCGUGCCCGUGGAGCUCACGCUGGGCAGUCCCGAGCUCGCGAUCGAGUUCGACGCGCACUCGCUCGAGUCGUCCGUGGACGCGACGAUCGAGCUCAAGAACCCGGGCAACUCGGCCGUGGAGUUCUUCUGGACCCACGCGCCGCCCUUCUCCGUGCUGCCGGAGCAGGGCGUCGUGCCGCCCUUCGGGUCGACGGUCGUCGCGGUCACGUGGACGCCGAGCCCCGUGCUCAAGAACGUGGGCAAGCUCCUGGUCCACGUGCCCGGCGCCAAGGAGGAUCUCGAGCUCGCCGUGACGGGCAAGCUCGACGACGCCAAGUGCGCCUUCGGCGAGCGGAAGCUCGACUUCCAGACCGUGUCCGUGGGCAUGGAGCGCGACCUGGCCGCGUCCGUGCUCAACACGGGCCAGUGCGCCGCCGUCUGCAACGUCGAGGUCUCGCCGGAGGUGAGCGACUUUUUGUUCGUGUCCCACACGCGCUUCCGCCUCGUGCCCGGGGGCACGCAGCACAUGACGGUGUCGCUCAAGCCGCGCGCGCCGCGGACGCUCGACGGCACGACGCUCCUCUGCCACGUCCGCGGCGCCAAGUCCGUGCGGUUGCCCGUGACGGGCUCGGCGAUCAUCCCCGACGUGCGCAUCCUGGCCGCCGCGCCCGCGGGCGCGCCGCCGCCGAGGCCCAAGGGCGACCUCUUCGACGGCGACUACGACGACGACGAUUUGUUAGGAGACGACGGCGCGGGGCCCGACAUCCCGACGCUCGACUUCGCGGACCAGUUCGUGGGCUUCGAGGAGCGGCGGCGCAUCGUGCUCCAGAACGAAUCCGAGAUCGGCGCGUUCCUCGCGCUCGACCUCAACGCGUUCCCGGACUUUUACGCGGAGCCCUGCAAGCCCAGCGACACGCUCCACAAGCCGCCGGCGGCGCCGGAGGCCGCCAAGGAGGAGCCCGGCGCCAAGGCCAAGUCGCCCGCGGCGCCGAGCCGGUCGCUCGACGGCGACGCGGCGCCGCCGGCGAUCGACGCGCGCUUCGUCGAGUCGUCGAGCGGGUCGACCAUGGAGCUCGUCACGACGGAGCUCCGCGACGGCAACCUGAAGAAGGGCCAGCCCGUGCCCACGGUGGAGCACUGGGCGCUCCACGUCGCGCCCAGGGGCGUGCUCGCGCUCGAGGUCGUCUUCGCGCCCAAGGCCCCGGGCUCCCACGAGUUCGACCUGCCGCUGGAGCUCAGCGAGCUCCAGAAGCGGCCCUGGGCCCACGUCCGCGCCGCGGCGUUGCGGCCCAUGCUCGUGCUCUCGUCGACGACCGUCGACUUCGGCGAGCGCAUCUUCGCGUCCGACGCGACGCGCCAGGUGCCCUUCUCGUCGGACGUCGUCCUCAGCAACCACCACCACGGCACGCUCCAGUGGGCGCUGGACGAGAACGGCCAGGGCGCGCCGCCGCCGCCGCCGCCGCCGGCCGGUGCCAAGGGCGGCGGCCAGCCCGCGCCGCCCAAGUCCGCGGUCUUCUUCGUGUCGCCCAAGGAGGGCAAGCUCCAGCCCGGCGAGUCGACGACCGUGCGCGUGACCUUCGUGCCCACGUCGUCCAAGGAGUACGAGGAGCGCUUCCCCCUGAGCUUCGCGACGGAGGCCGAGGCCGCGGCCAAGCUAGCCGGCGACGCCGUCGCGGAGAAGUCGAAGCCCUACCUCACGCUGCUCCUGCGGGGCAGCGGCGCCCACCCGCGCCUCGAGGUCGAGGACGGCUCCGACGACGGCUACGUGCGCGGGCCCGGCGACGUCUUCACCAUGCCCACGGUGCCCACGGGCGUCCAGAGCCGCGUGCUCCUCUACGUGCGGAACCGCGGCUUCGAGCACAUCCAGCUCAACUACCGCCUCCCGCCCCACGUGCCCGUCAAGCUCACGGUCGACUUCCCCGAGGGCCGCGCCCUCGGCGUCGCGACGCCGCGGCUCUGCGUCGUCAUCAGCUUCUGCGCCGACGCGCCCGUGUCGUUCGCGGCGGCGCUUCAGCUCCUCGACAGCGACGGCAACGCGUACACGGUGCCCAUCGCCGGCGCCGCGGACAACUGCUUGCUGAGCACGCACGCCUUCCUGGCGGCCUACAAGCGCGACUACGCGUUCCACCACCGCGAGGGCGUCGCGCCGAAGUUGGUCGAGGCCGCGCUCGCGCGCCAGCUCAUGGAGGAGGAGCUCAAGGAGAAGGAGCAGCAGCGCCUCGCGCGGCGGCGCGCGAGCUCGAACUCGUCGACGACGAAGAAGAAGGAGGCCGACGCGCCGCGGGACGAGGCGUCCGCGGCGCCCGCGGCCGCGGCCGCGGCCAAGGGCGACGGCGAGCCCAGGCUCGCGGGCGUGGACCCGAAGCGCGAGCGGCCCCUGCCCGCCGAGGACAUCGCGCCGCUCCUCGUGCUCUUCCUCAACUACCACGCGCUCAACGGCCGCAAGGGCGCCGACGCGCCCCUCAAGUCCAUCCCCGAGGACUGCGUCGCGUCGCACGGCCGCGUCGCGAUCGACGCCAUCGAGGCGCUCGCGGGCCGCAAGGUGCCCGGGCGGCUCCAGCGCGUCGUCUCCAACGACAAGGAGCUCAUGGCCCAAUUGGUCGCCCAGUACCAGGCGCUCCUGCUCUUCAUGGUCGAGCGCGGCGCGCUGCUCAACGCGGUCCGCCCGGAGCAGCUCCUGUCCAAGCACCACUACAUCAAGUUCCGGGAGCAGCAGGCCGACUUCGUGUCGACGCGCGCGGCGCGCGACGCGCGCCACGCGACCUGGGACGGCACCUGGGCCGCCGUGUCCCUCGAGGCGUGGCUCGCGGUCCUGCUCCAGGCCGUCCGCGUCUUCUGCCUCGCGCGCAUCACGCCCAAGACCUUCGCCUCGCUCCCCGGCGUCCUCAUCCCCAAGCCGCCGCGCGCCGCCGCGGGCGACGACCACGGCGGGAGCCACGGCUCCAGCGACCCGGAGCUCGCGGGCUCGAACGUCUAUUCCGUGGGCGAGUGCGUCGUCCUCAAGUGGCUCGGCUACCACGCCGCGGCGGGGCUGGGCAACGGCGCGGGCCUGUCGAAGCGCUUCGACACCUUCGGCCGGGCCUUCGAGGACCCGGGGAGCCUCUGCGCGGUCCUCGCGUCGAACGCGCCGUCGCUCGUCGAAAGCGGCGGCGCGCUCGCGGGCUUCAAGAGCAUGAACGGCGCGUCGCCCGAGGACAAGGCCGCCGUGAGCGACAAGGCGCUCCACGCGCUGGAGGCGCUACGGUGCGACCUCGGCGGCUACGGCGGCGACGCGGACGAGGGCACGGCGCUCGAGGCGCGCGCGAUGAGCCGGCUCGAGGGCGUCCGCGCGCUCCUCGUGGCGCUCCACCUCUACCUGACCAUGCCCAACUUCGUGCCCAAGACGACCAUCGAAUUCAACGCCCAGCUCGGCGCGCCCAUGUGCAAGAUGAUCGAGCUGCGGAACGCGGCGCCGCGCGAGAUCGCGUACGAGGUCGUCCUCGAGGGGAGCGCGGACUUCAAGGCCGUCGGCCCGGAGGCGGCGCCCUCCAAGGACGACAAGCCCGCCUACGUGGUCGUCGAGUCCAAGGCGUCGGCCGCCUACACGGUGGAGCUCGCGCCGCGGUUCUCGAAGCCCGUCGAGGGCCGGCUCACGUUCUUCGCGCUGCCGGGGUCGUCGCCGGGCCCGCGGCCGCCGUCCAUGGUCUUCACGCUGCGGAGCAACGUCGAGAGCCACGCGCCCGUCGCCGUCUUCGAGCACGAGUCGACGGCCUACGAGGCGAAGAACAUCGACGUCGUCGUCAAGUCGCCGUUUUUGACGUCCGGCGUCUUCGAGGUGUCGCUCGCCAACUCGACGCUCGAGGAGUACGUCCCCCCGCGCAAGCCCGCGGGCAACGCGCGCGGCGGCGCCGCGGGCCGGGGCCGGGGCCAGCCCGCGAAGCGCAAGAAGCAGCGCCGCGAGGAGGCGCCGGCGGACUGGAGCGGCCACGGCAAGGGCGACGAGUUCGAGAAGGCGCAGGCGCUGCUCCGCGAGCCCUUCUGGACGUCCCAGAAGACGGUGCGUUUAGAUGCUUCCGGCGCGACGAACCUGAACGUGCAGCUCCUGAGCUGCAGCCCCGGCCUCUACAAGGCGGAGCUCACGUUCCUCAACGGCGACAUCGGCGAGUUCGUCGUCGAGGUGCUCGCGCGCGUGCACCUGCCCAAGCAGAUGGACCACUUCAAGCUCACGGUGGAGACGGAGGACGACGGCCAGAUUUCGAUCACGAAGCUCCUGCGCCUGCCGCCGACGAACCCGCUGCUCGAGCGCGCGUUCGCGCAGCUCGGCGAGCGCGUGCCGUCGACGACGGAGCGCGCGGCCAUCAAGCACGCGCUCCAGGCCGUGUCGCGGGGCCCGCCGAGCCAGCCCCCCGCCGACGACAAGGCGACGAAGAAGAAGCCCGCGGACGCGGCGAGCGACAAGGCGCCGUCCGAGGCGCCCGGCGACGACGACGGCCCGAGCAAGGACGAGGGCGUCGCCUUCGAGGUCACGACGGACUCGCCCUUCUUCCAGUGCCCCGACGAGCUCACGGUCGUCUUCGACGCCAAGGGCGCGGACAAGAAGGGCGCGUCGAAGGCGUCGUCGAAUAAAAAAACGGAGCUCGUCGACGUCAAGGAGGACACGGUCAUCGACGCGCCCAACAGCCUCGUGCUCUCCUUCUACCCCCAGAAGGCGGGCACCUACCUCUGCGCCAUCGCGUCCCAGGCGCGGCCGGGCCUCGUCCACGACAUCCGCAUCCUCAACGUCGAGGUCGUCGUGACGAUGCCGCGCAUCCAGACCGUGCUCGAGUUCAAGGCGCCCGCGCGGCGCAAGAUCACCCAGGACCUGCCGCUCAUGAACGCGUCCGACGAGGACUGGAUGCUCUCCGUGAACCUCCAGGGGUCGCGCGUCUUCUCGGGGCCGCAGAAGCUCAAGGUGCCCGCGGGCGGCCGCGCGUCGUUCCCGCUGACCUUCGCGCCCACGUGGACGGGCGUCGAGAACGCGAAGCUGACCCUGCGCAACGCGCGGUCGCCCGACGCCUUCGAGUACACCCUCGUCGGCGAGGGCGAGCCGCCGCUCGCCGAGGGCCACGAGGUCCUCCGAUGCAACGCGCGCGAGACGACGACGCACGGCUUCCUGCUGGAGAACGCGUCGAGCAAGCCGCUGAGCUACAAGGUCGAGAGCGACCUGCCGUUCGUGUCCGGCGCGUCGACGAUCGACGUGCCCGCGAACUCGUCCGCGACGUACGACCUGAAGAUCUCGCCGAGUUUGGGCGGCGCGUACACGGGCUCCGUGACCUUCUCGCCGCCGACGGGCGAGUACGUCUGGUACACGAUCAAGGUUCAGGUCGACUCGCCGCUGGAGGAGUCGGCCAUCGACAUCUCGACGACGGUCCGCAUGGCCGCGUCCGCGCGGAUCUCGCUCACGAACCCGCUGCCGGAGGCCAUCGACUUCGACGUCAUCCUCCAGGGCGACGGCCUCAUCGGCGAGCCGAGGUUCACGCUCGAGGCCGACGAGGCCGCGGGCACCUACGAGCUCUUCUACACGCCCCUCAUCGCGCAGAGCCACGCGGGCUCCGUCGUGUUCCUCAACGACCGCGUCGGCGAGUUCUGGUACCGGCUCAACCUGUCCGCGGCGCCGGCGGAGCCGACGCGGCUCGAUGUGUUGGAGUGCGCCGUGGGCGCGCGGACGUCGACGAUGGUCACGGUGGAGAACCCGCUGAACCGGGAGAUCACGCUCGUGACGCAGGUCGCGAACCGCGCGAACUUCGUCGUCGAGCCGUCCGUGUCCAUCCCGCCCUACGGGUCCGUCGACGUCGAGAUCCAGUACGUGCCGUCGGAGAUCGGCGUCGUCCAGGAGUCGACGGUGGUGUUGCGCCACGACGUGCUCGGGGACUGGGAGUACGUCGCGUCGGGCGCGGGAACGACGCCGGGCCUCAUGAACGAGCACACGCCGUCGGCCAUCGUCGGCGAGCCGGCGUCCUACAUGUUCUCCUUCCGCAACCCCUUUGGCAUGCCCCUGGACGUCGACAUCGACCUGGAGACGACGGACGAGCACGCGGGCGCGCUGAGUUUGCUGAUGCGGCGGUCGCGCGACGUGCGCCUCGCGCCCCACGUGUCCAUGUCCAUCCCCCUGAGCUUCGACCCCGUCGUCAUCGCCGAGCACCACGCGGUGGUCAAGGUCAUCGGCGACUACCGGGGCGUGCCCCUGGCCUGGACGUUCCCGAUCCGGGGCAUCGUCAACGCGCCGCUGCAGCUCCGCGCGGUGCGCAUCGCGGCCAAGGCGAAGACGUCGACGCGCCACGAGAUCGUGCUCAAGCUGUCGAGCAUCGCGUCCCUGGCGCCGGGCGGCGAGGACUUCGACUUCGAGGUCGUCGCGGACGGCGCGGUGGCGAAAUUGGUCAACUCGGCGCUGGAGGUGCGGCCCGUGGACACGCGCCUCACGGCCGUCGACGGCGAGCUCAAGUUCGACGCCAUCUUCGAACCGCUGCGGCCCUUCUCGACGUCCGUGCACCUCGUCGUCAAGCGCGCGACGGGCGGCCGCUGGCCCUUCGAGGUGCAACUGGACGUCGACGAGCCCGACCCGGACGACGCGAUCGAGAUCGAGGCGAAUUUGCACACGACGGCCAAGGUCCAGUUCAAGCUCGUCAACUCCAACGCCAUGGACUACACGCCCUUCAACGCCUUCUUCUCCACGGACAGCGCGCACACGCUCACGGUGUCGCCCGCGCACGGCUUGCUCGCGCCCGUCGGCACCGAGGGCACGAACUUCGACGUGAGCUUCCGGCCCGUCAAGUACGGCAUGCUCCAGCGCGGGCGCCUCAUCAUCCAGACCGAGGACAUGAUGUGGUCCUACGAGGUCCACGGCACGCACCCGUCCUUCACCGUGCCCGUGUCCCAGUCCAAGGUCGACACGCACAUGUCCAAGAAGUACCUCCGGGACAAGGCCCGCCACUAG